ACACCAGUGUUGCGAAAUAUCGAUACAUUUUCUUACGCUGCUCAGUGCCCUCAAUUAAAAAUAAAAUUACAAAAUUUCUCUGUCUCUGUUUAUAAAAAAUCGCAUUGUUUAAACGUUCUAGUUUACAUUAAACACAAGUGGUAGUAACGUUGUAGAACAUGUCAACACCCGCACGCAGACGUCUUAUGAGAGAUUUUAAAAGACUUCAGGAGGACCCACCAACGGGUGUUUCAGGUGCGCCAACAGAUAAUAAUAUUAUGAUAUGGAAUGCUGUGAUUUUUGGUCCACACGAUACUCCGUUCGAGGAUGGUACCUUUAAGUUAACCAUAGAAUUUACGGAAGAAUAUCCAAAUAAACCGCCAACAGUUCGAUUUGUAUCGAAAGUAUUUCAUCCAAACGUUUAUGCAGAUGGCGGCAUAUGCUUGGAUAUAUUGCAAAAUCGCUGGAGUCCCACAUACGAUGUGUCAGCUAUUUUAACAUCCAUACAGUCACUGCUGAGUGAUCCCAAUCCCAACUCACCGGCCAACUCAACCGCCGCACAGCUGUAUAAAGAGAAUCGUCGUGAGUAUGAGAAGCGUGUGAAAGCCUGUGUGGAGCAAAGUUUCAUCGAUUAGCCAUGCGCCCACACUAUUAACAUCAUCAACAACAACAACAAUUAUAAUUGCAACAACAACAGCAGAAGCAACAGCAGCGGUAGCAUCUACAACAACAACAGCAGUGGCAGUUGUAGCAGCGGCGACCUGCAGCAAAAAACAUCAACAAGAAAAACAACAACAACAUGCAAUAAUAUAAAAAAGUUUAAAUUAAAUAAUAUCAGAUAUAUUUAUAAUAGUUAUAAUGCUAUGAAAUUGUAACAUCGCCUAACACACACACACACAUACACAGACAGAAAACACAAACACACACACACAGACCCUUGCACACACGCACAUUAACACAUACAUCCGCAAAACAGGGCAGUUUAUGUUUUCGGCUAAAUGUUUUACUCGUAGACACGCGACAAGAAACAUCAACAACGUUAAAAUCCAACAAAAACAACAACAACCCACUGAAGCAGCAACAACCACUUCAAGCGACAUCAAUAGAUAUAUCACCUAAAAAGCAUCUUUUAAGCUAACAAUAAUAUUAAUAACAACAACAAACAAUUUAAUGUUAUAAUUCAAAUAGCAGCAGAAAGAAAAGUUAUUAAGAAUAAUAAAAAAAAAAUUAUUAAAAUAA